AUGGUCGCCGCCAGACGCGCCAGCCGGAGGCUACGGCUGGGGGGCUUGGCUUUCCUGCUCCUCUUCUCCUCCGUCUCCUUCUCGCCCUCGCUGGGCGACAAGAGGAACGGGCCCUUCCGCAUGCGGGAAAAUCUCUGGGCCACAGGGCAUUUCAUGGGAAAGAAAAGUACGAUGGGUUCUUCUCACUUACCAUCUUCAUCCCCGGAAAGAGCUGAGCCAAAGAGUACUCCCAAAGCUUUCAGUCCGGAGCUCACAGAUGUCUUGGAGGACAUGAAGGACUUGCUGACGAGGGAGCUCCUUAAAAUCCUCCUGCAAGAGAGGAUACUGGAGGAGAACCGAGGGAAACAGGAUCUCAAGGACCAGGAAACAGGCUCUUUAAUGAGAGUGCUGGCCAAAUACAUUUAA